CUUUAGUUUCGAUUCAUCGCCGCGAUGUCUUCCUUAGCAGCUUCUCAUGUAUGAGACUCAGCCUUCAUUACUUCCCUAUUGCCUUUUCCUAGCAGCGGAGGAACAAAUGGAUUCUCCAUCCCGUCCAGGGUUCCUGACAGUGACCUCAAACCACUAGAUACUCCUUGAGUCUCGGCUGGAUCCUGGACAGGCGCCCCUGUAACCCGCUCCUAGCUACCUCUGAUUGUUCCUUCAGCCUUCCAUCUCUACCUCAAAAUGUCAGAAUCCGAAAUCAUUCCAGAAUCUAUCCGGGACAAGCUAAAUUGUAGCAUCUGCCUGGAGAUAUUCCGUGUUCCACUGACGCUCCCGUGUGGGCAUAACUUCUGCCAACCUUGCAUCCAUGGGCACUGGGAUCGUGAAGCAGCAUCAAUGGUGGCCAUUACCUGCCCCGUGUGUCGGGAACCUUUCAAGGAGCGUCCAGAGCCCAUGAAGAACGUCACCAUCAACGCGCUGGUGGACCAGUUGAAAGACGAAGAAAAGAAAAGACAGAAAGGAUCUCCCAUGAGAUUGGAAACCAAAGCCGGAGUGUUGGAGGCCACCUGUCCUCGGCAUCACAGAGUCUUAAACCUCUUCUGCUGCACUGAGAAGAAAUGCGUCUGCGUUGAAUGCUCCGUGACAGGGUGUCGGGGACACCAACUAGAACUUACCGAGAACGAAAGGAGGAGAGAAGAAGCGAGACUGUCUGCCGUUCUGCAUAAUAAUAGCUGUAACAGGGAACAGACCGGAGCCGAGAUAAUGAAGCUGGAUCAUCUCAUACAGAACAUAAAGGAAUCUUGUAAUAAAAGGGUGUCGGGCAUCUCGAAUCAGUUUGAGCGGCUGGCUACCGCGCUGGAUGAAUGUCGCACCUUGGCUAUAGAGUCCAUCAGGAAAGAGGAAAGGGCAGCUGUCGAGCAGGCGGUGAGAAACCGGGAUCAUUUACAGAGGCAUAUGGAAGCGCUUCACAAGCAGAAGAAGGAGGCAGAGGAGCUGCUCCUAAGCACUGAUGACAUCACAUUUCUGCAGGGCCUUCCUCUUCUCGUCCCUCCUGGUUCCAUCCCAUUGUUGGCCAGUGUCCCUUCGUGUGGCACAUCGCAAGUGGAUGCCGUGACCACAAUCCUACCUGAGGUGUUCCGGCUACUGAAGACAGAACUGCCUAAUGCCCUCUACCCAGCGAUGCCAGAGGCUACCGAUGAAGACCCCAAAGGUUCACCCUCUCCUGAAAGACCACGGGCAAAGCAGCGAGGACAUGCACUUAUCAUGAGUGAGCACAGGAAACGUCUUCAUAAAGAUUAUCGUAACCUGAGUUUUGAUGCGAAGAGCUCCAACAAAUACAUCCAGCUUUCACGGCAGAAUUAUAAAGCUUCUCAUAAAGCCUGUCUCACCGGGAAGCCUGUCUCCGAUCUGACGGAAAGAUUCCAGAACUGGCAGGUGAUGUGUACUGAGGGAUUCUCUGAAGGACACCAUUACUGGGAGGUGGAGAUCUCGGACUUCUUUGUGCAGUUGGGUGUAACGUACAGCCACCUGGCGCGUUCCAAAGGAGAAGAGCAUAAAAUUGGGCGCAACCCCUUCUCCUGGUGCCUACAGGUACAAAGGGCCAACCACUCAGCCUGGCACAACAACCAAGAGCAACGACUUCAGCCACCAAACUACCUCACAAUUGGGAUUAGCUUGGACUGCACAGCCGGCAAACUUUCGUUCUACGGGGUCAAAGAUGGCCGUCUUGAUCUCAUCCAUUCUUUCACCUGUAUCUUUACGGAUACUCUGUACCCAAUCUUCUGGAUUGGCGAGGGAGCGAGUGUUUUAUUGCGCCAGACCCAAGAUAAUUCCGACGUGGUACAAAGAGUGUUGGAUAUGAGUAUAUCACCUGGUCAAGUUUAAUGUGAAAGGGCAAAGGCAUUUGAUCAUAUAGUCGCAUCCCCAGUAGAUUACAGAGAAGCUGUCACAUAAUUCCACAU